AUGUAUUCAUAUCUAUCUAUCUAUCUAUCUAUCUAUCCAUCUCAUUUUCUAUCACAUUCUCUUCAUAUCUCUAUCAAUUGUUCGUACUUAUAUCGACUGUUCAUAUUAUCUAUCUAUCUAUCUAUCUAUCUAUCCUUCUCUCUCUCUCUCUCUCUCUCUCUCUCUCUCUCUCUCUCUGUAUAUAUAUAUGUGUGUGUUUGUCUGUAUCUGUCUGUUGGUCUACCCUGUUCAUAUCUAUCUAUCUAUCUAUCUAUCUAUCUAUCUAUCUAUCUAUCUAUCUACCUUAGUCUUUUCAUUGUCAGUCUGUUGAGCUAUCACAUUCUCUUCAUAUCUCUAUCAAUUGUUCGUACUUAUAUCGACUGUUCAUAUUAUCUAUCUAUCUAUCUAUCUAUCUAUCUAUCUAUCUAUCUAUCUUCUCCCCCUCUCUCUCUCUCUCUCUGUAUAUAUAUAUGUGUGUGUGUGUGUUUGCCUGUAUCUGUCUGUUGGUCUGCCCUGUUCAUAUCUAUCUAUCUAUCUAUCUAUCUAUCUAUCUAUCUAUCUAUCUAUCUAUCUAUCUAUUUUAUCUAUCUAUCUAUCUAUCUAUCUAUCUAUCUAUCUGUCUGUCUUCUUCGUAUCAUCUAUCUUCAUAUAUUCUAUCAAUUUGUCGUCAUAUAUUAUAUCUAUCUAUCUAUCUAUCUAUCUAUCUAUCUAUCUAUCUAUCUAUCAUCAAUCUUCAUAUAUUCUAUUUAUAUAUCUGUCGUCAUAUAUCUAUCUUGA